AGGAAGUUCGCGCCAUUUCGGGAGGCAGCGGGAAUUGAUUUUACACGGAAUAUAAUAGCAAAGGUGUUGAUAAACCGAACUAUUGUUUUUGAAUUUUUCGCUGGAGGUGGUGUUAACCGGCGACUUCAUACAGCUUAUUAGAUUUUUUUCAGGAGGCUCAUAACAUUUUCUGUGUUACGCCAGAAGACCCAGAAUCAUUUAUGAAAAACGUGAUAUGAAUUUUAUUGAUUAGAUUCAUAGGACGACAAUGAAAAAAAUGUAAGGAAUCUUCUACCUUUAUUUAUUCAAGCAGCUUUUCACUCGAAGCUUUUUGGAGUCUUAGCUAUACUCGUACUGUGCAGGAUGUAGACAACUUUUGAAGAGAAAAAAAAUAUUGUUUACAUAUUGAAGAUUUAUUCUUCUAGAAAUGUGAAGAAGAUAUAAUAGAUCAAAGCAAGUGCAAUUGAGAAUUUCUCAAUGGGAUGUUCGGUGUCCUUGCCAGUUCGUAAAACCCGUAAGGACUUGGUCCCCGUGAAGACCAUAAAUAACAAUGAACAUGUGACCAGGACCUCGUCAGGACAGAGGUCCAUGAGAUGCAGGGAGAAGAGCACCCCCCGGAACUGGGUGAACAUCGUUAAAUCCACGCAGGGUGGGGGAUCCAGUAGAUCAAGGUCUGCAAAAUCAAAAGGAGAGACCACAAAGCUGUUUGUUGAUCAAGAGUUUCCAGCGAACGAUUCCUCCAUUUUUAAAAAUAAACAACUCACCAAAAACGUUGUGUGGAAAAGACCAUCAGAAAUCCGGCCCAAUCCGGUCCUAAUAUCUGAUGGCACCAGCCGACAUGACAUGAAACAAGGGGAACUAAACAAUUGCUGGUUCCUCUCUACCCUGUCAGCCAUUGCCGAGAAACCCGAACUUAUAAGCAAGGUAUACAUCAUACCAAGUGACAACACAUUCGGAACGCCUUAUUAUGACGGGAAAUUCCACUGUCGCUUCUGGCAGUUCGGGAAAUGGGUGGAUGUCCAUAUCGAUGAUCUCCUUCCAACUGUAAAUGAUGAAAUAUUAUUUGCUCACUCGUCCGAUCCGGAUGAAUUCUGGGUAUCUCUAGUGGAAAAAGCGUACGCCAAGCUAAACAAAUCUUAUGAGGCACUGGAAUACGGCUUCGAGGCAGAUGCCUUUACUGACCUGACUGGUGGCCUUGCCGAGUGGUACAACCCUGCUGAACUAAAGGAACACGAUUUCUACCUCAUUAGGGCGGCUUAUCAGUGUGGCGCCGUCAUCGGCUGCUUAAGUGUGGAUAAAGAGGACAGAGAUGAAAGAGAAAAGCGAGGAAUGGUGUCUAACCACUCAUACGUAAUAACUGCCGUGGAGGAAAUUCCGUAUAAAUCCGGAACAACCAAACUUAUCCGCGUACGAAACCCUUGGGGGGAUACCGAAUGGAACGGCGCGUGGUGCGAUGGGAGUGAAGAAUGGGAUCACGUUAAUAAUGAGGUCAAAGAUCAACUUGAAAUUCUAUCGCGAGACGAUGGAGAGUUCUGGAUGAACUAUGACGACUUUCGGCGAGAGUAUUGCAACAUGAUUGUGUGCAACUUGUCUCCAGACUUCGACCACGAUGGAAUUAGCGACAGAGCAGAAUAUCAAAUGAGUUUUAAAGGAUCGUGGAAAACGAGCUUAAACGCAGGUGGAUGGCUAGAAUGUGAAUCCUUUUACCAAAAUCCCCAGUACCUCAUUACAUUGCAUACUGAUGUGGUGGUCCAGAGACGAUUUAAUGGUCGCCUUCCACUUAUAAUCUCCCUUUUGCAAGUGUAUCGAAGACACGAGAAGUUAGAAGGCGUUGGUCUCUUCGCUAUUGGAUUCGAAAUAUUUCAGCUUUACACAAAGCCUACUGGGGCUCUUGGGAAGAGUUUUUUCGACAAUAACGACCCACUGAUGCCUGAAAACGAAGAGACCUACGCCGAAUACAGGGAAACCUCUGGGCGUUUCUUCCUCGACCCAGGCCAAUAUAUUCUUGUGCCAACUACGCAACUGCCAAACUUCCAACGGGAAUAUUUAAUGAGAGUCUUCUCCGUCUGCAAAAUGGAAUGCAUCCCAAUUGCGAACAGUUUACCUUGGUCGCACUGACACAUUACACGGUUGUCAAGCAUUUCCUUGACGACGAGCAGAAAUAUUUCCUUCGUGACGUCACCUUCCAAAAAAACCCCCUGACAAUUAUGCAACAAUUUCCUCAAGUGUCAAAACUGCAUAGACAUUAUCAGAAACAUUUUUUGCAAUCAUUUUCAGUACAUGCACAGAAUUGUUUUUUUUUUUUUACACCCAUAUGCAUGUUAUAAAGAUAUACAUUUAAACUCAAAGUCAUAAAAAUCAAAAAUUCAUUGUAUAACAUUUUAAAAUUUCCGUUUUCAUAUCAUGAUAUUUGAAUUCUUAAAUGUCAUAUUUAUUUUAUCAUUCAUAGCUAGAAUCACCUGCCGAAUAAAAAUUUAUUUUACUCAGUCAAUAAUAUAGCCUAUAAUAUUGGCUUCACUUGUGUAUUAUGCUCACCAAGUGGCAUUUUAUCAAUUUUUUUUACUUCCACGUAAAACUAUGCACAGAACCCCCAGAAUAUACCAUCAUUUGUCGCAUUGCUUUCUGUCAAAGAUUCUGUCAGACAGUUGCAAAAAUAUUGUGAACGGUUUAAAUUGGUAAAACAUAUACAAAUAAUAAUACGUAAACAAAUAUAAUCUAUAUCUGCAUUUUGAUUACUUUUGAUAUAUAAGGUAAAUGCUUCAAUGCCUAUAGAGCAAAUAUACAGUAUUAUAGGGCUUUUUUAUAAUUCGUUUUUUACGCUCAUUAGUUGUAAGAAUAACGAAUAAGGCUACACAUGUAGUACUGAAAUGUGACAUGAUAGCCUUUCUGCAAUACAUCAAUAAAUUCGCUAUUGUACAUAUUUUGUUCGAAUUUUACUAGUACUCUCCUACAAUUAACUUGUUUCGUACUAACCAGUAGCUGAGUCGCUGGUUAAUUUUAUGUAUAUUUUACAGUUUAAAUGUUGAUAGCUAUAAUACACCGAUCCAUAAAAGUUCAUGACCUCAUAUUUUGACAAGAUGUUUGAGAUUCUAAAAAGACAAUUAUAAAGUCAAAUUCGGAUCUGAAGGAAAAUGCCUUCAUGAAUUGCCACCAAUUAAUAAUCUUAGGUUGUUCACAUUUUCUACGUUCAAAUCAAUAAAUUAAUGAAACAAACAAU